AUGAUAAUAAAUGAUAUUACAUGCACAAGUUGUAAUAGAAAUAUUAUAAUUAAUAAUUUAAAUAAUAAUAUUAUUGAACAAUUAAAUUUUAAAAAUAAUAAAAAUGAAAUAAUUAAAAUAAUAAAUGAAGAAUCAUCAACUACAUUAAAUUUAAUAACUGAUGAAAAAAAAGAAAUUUUAUUUUGGAAAAUUUGGAGAAAUAAAUAUAUUUUAAUAAAUAUUUUAAAUAAUUUAAAAGAAAAAUUUACAAGAAAUAAAAAAUAUCAUGAAAUUCAUUCAGUUGAUUAUAUGUUAAAAAAUAACUUUAUAGAAUUAUUAAUAGAUAAAGUUAAACAAAAUUGUUAUUUAACAUUUUCAAAAAAUUUUAAAAUUCAAGAUUUAUUUGAAACUAUAAAUGGUGAUACAAUAAUUUCAAAUAAUUUCUAUAAUAAUUUAAUUAAAAAUUAUAAAAGACAUUUAAUUCAUAAAUCUGAAACAUUAUGUGAAGAAUUAUGUAUUUCAAAUAAUAUUGAAUUAUUAAAAAUUAUAAUUAAUGAUUCAGAUUUUAAUUAUAAAUUUUUAAAUAAUUCAUCAUUAAUUGAUUUAUCAAUUAAAAAUGGUACUAAUUUAAAAAUUUUAAAAUUUUUAUUUAAUAAUGAAAAUUUAGAAAUUUCAAAAAAUUAUUCAGAAAAAGAAUUAUUAAAGAAUUUAUUUGAAUCAAAAGAAAAUAAAAAUAAAAAUUAUAAUGAAAUUGCAAAUUAUUUAUUAAAUGAAGUAAAUAUUGAUUUAAGUAAAUGUGAACCAAGUCAAUUUGAUACAUCAAUUUAUUUGGAAUUAGAUUUAGAGCUAUUUGAUAAACUUUAUUUGAAUGAUAAAAUUAUAGUAGAUCAAAAUAGUCUUAGUUUUUCAUGUAUGGAUAAAUUAUUUGAUUGCACAGUAGAUCAAUUAAAAAAGUAUAUUAAAUUCUCAUUAUCAAUUUUAGAAAGAUAUUUAAGAAUUGAUGAUAAAUCGAAUAUUGAAAAAAUUAAAAAAUUAAAUUUACCAACCACGAUAAAUGAUGAUAAACCAUUAUCAAGUUAUCCAUUUGAAAAUCAAGAUAUUAAACAAUUGAUUGAAAUUUAUAUUAUUGAUUUACAAGAAUUAUGUUGUUUUAGAUUUCAGAAUCAAAUUUUAAAUCAACUUGAAUAUUCAAUUAAAUAUAAUCAAUUAAAUUAUUUAUCAAAUUUAAAUCAAAAAAUUAAAUUACAAAAAGGUAUUGAAUUUUGUAUUGAAUAUGGUAAUUCUGAAGCAUUAUUAGAAAUAAUAUCAUCUCAAAAAAUAAAUUAUAAGGCUUCAAUAUCUUUAACAUCAUCAUUAUCAUUAUUAUCAUCAUCAUCAUUACUAUCAAAAAAUAAAAAUAAUAAUAAUAAUAAUAAUAAUUUUGAAAUUAAUGAAAAUUUAAAAUUAUUUAAAUAUUGUUUAAAUGAUAAAGAAAAACAAAGAAUAUUUUUACAAACAUUUUUAUAUCAUAUAAAUUGUUAUCAAGAAAAAGAUUAUAUAUUUAAAUUGGCUUUAAAAAAUGAUGAUUUAGAAAUCAUACAAUUUAUUCAUCAUUUAAUGUUAAUUUAUGGUAUUGGAAUUAAUAAAUCAAAACAUAUUAUUUCAAAUAAUUUCUUACAAUUUGUUGAAUCAACUAAAGUGUUAACUUAUUUAUGUCAAAAUAAAAAAGAUUUCAAUUUUAAUUAUCAAUCAUUAUUAUAUAGAGAAAGAUUUGAUUUAAUGGAAUGUUUUGAAAAGUUUUCAAUUGUUUCAAAAAAUGAUUAUUCAAUAAUGAAUGAUGAAAAAUUAUCAAAAAAUGUUUUAAAAUUUUUACAUGAAAAAGGUUAUAGUUGUACAUUUCUUAGAUUAAAUAAUAAUAAUAAUUUUAGAAAUCAUUCAUUUUCAAAAUAUAUUGAUAUUGGUUUAAUUGAUUUUAAUAAUAACAAUAAUAAUAAUAAUAAUAAUAAUAAUAAUGAUGAUGAAUUAAAUAAUAAUUUACAACAACAAUUUAAAAAUAAUAUAAUUUAUUUAUAUUAUUUAAAUGAAAAAUUAGAAUUAUUUAAAUUGCUUGAUAAAAAUAUAGAUUUAUCAUCAUUAUUAUUAAAAGAAUUGGGUAAAAAAUGUGAUCUUUUAUUAAUUGAUGAAUUUAUGUCAAAAUAUUAUCAAAAUGAACAAAGUAAAACACCAACAAAAUAUUUAAUUCAUUUACUUGAGAGUGCUGUAAAGAAUGGUCAUUUAUUAAUUUUACAACUAUUAAAUGAAAAAUAUUCUUUUAUAUUUAAAAAUGCAAAAUCAAUUAAUAAUAAUAAUAAAAGUUUAAAUUGUUUACAAGUUCCCAGAUUAGUCGAAUUAACUUUAAUUGCAAUGGAAAAUAAUUAUUUAGAUUUGGUAGAUUAUUUAAUUGAAUCAAUUGGUUUAAUGCCAAAUCCAAUUCAAAUUUUAAUUCAAUUAAAACUAAGACCAUCACCAUCAAUAAGUUAUCUUUUAAAUCGAUAUAAUAAAUAA